AUGGACGAUGCCACAGAUGUUGAAAGCAGCCCCACGUCCGUCCCCACAGUGCUCGGCCCAGACCCACAGUCGCCAGCGGAGCCAGAGGAACCCAGGUUCCAAGCACCAACCGUGGAGUUGAAUGUCCCCCAUGACUCCGGCAGCCACGAAGCAUCCGCCGCCCCCGAGGCAGGGCCCAGCCACCAGGCAUCUCCUGUGACUCCCCCCAGCCCAGCCACCCGGGCUCCCAAAGCGAGCCAGGCUCCUGUCUUCCCAUGGCCUUUCGUGGCCACCCAAGUGCCCAUGACACAACACGCUCCACCUGUCAUACCCAACCCACUGGCAGGCCACCCUCCCGCCUUCCUACCUAUCCCCACCAACCCUGUCGUCCAGCCACUCCAAGCUCCAGCAGUCUACCCCAUCACCCACCCGGAGCUGGUACCAGUGACAAGUCCAGGGCAGCCCAUCGCACAGUUCACACCCCGCUGGCAGCCCCAACAGUCCAGCCUCCAGCCACCGCCCUUGCCGGUGUCCUUGAGCCACACCGCCCAGACCGGCUACCCAACUGGACCACAAGCCUUCAGCCCCACACUCCGCGCCGCGGCUCCAACUGGGCCACCCGUCUCUUUCGGACCCGGCUGUGCUGCCGCCGCCCUCCCCACCGCGGGCCGCCGUGUUUUCGGACCCAGCACCGCCAGCACCACCCCCGCCAUUGUCAAGGUCCAGGCCCAGUCGCUGCCCAGCAAAGCCCCACCAAGCACCGACACCCUACCGGCAACCGCGCCGGGGCCAAGCCAGCCAUGGGCCAGCAAAGACCAAACGAACCCAGCGGGCCGCCGCCGACCCAAAAAGCAGGAGUUCCAAGGGAGCCACCCUACCCACCACGGAGCAUCCGCCAGUGCUGCACCUGGUGGUAGCCUAGCAGCCACCCCAGCUUCCACCCACACCAGAAAGACCAAAGACACGGGGUGGAAGCACAAGCUGGAGUGGCUGCUGGCCUACCACGAAGCACGCCAGUGGGCCAAACUGAACCAGCUAUGCCAGGCGUUCUGGGCCGACCGCCAGGACCAGCUCCAGUCCGACCAACCGCCGCCCGCCACGUCCGGCCCGGCGGACUCGCCAACGUGGUUCUCCAAGGCCACAUGGUUCAUGCAAGCAGUCCAUGAUGGCGACUGGAACCGUUGCCAGCGCCAGUCGGAAUGGUAUUUGGGGGAGCCCAGCCUCCAACAAUGGGUCCAGUACCAGACGGACCUCAUCGUGGCUGGCGAAAACCCGCCAUCGCUGCCAGAUCGCUUUCGAGAUCUCCAAUGA